UGUCUGGAACGUUGCGCAAUAUUCUAGUUUGAAUUGAAUAAAGUUUUCAGUCAAUUGUCAUUGCUACAUGGAUUUGAGUGAUAAGAUUAUACGGGAAGAAAUCUAAUAAGUCUGAUGUUGUAUAGAAACAAUCAAAACCUCGGAAAACGUCAUUAGGCAAAAAGAUGGGCCACCUAGUAGACAACUAUGAAAACAGUUGAACCAUAACUUGGCGCCAGGUGGGGCUGAAAUCCGUGAGCGCAGUAAGAAGUAGAAGAGGCCAGUGAGAGGAGGAAAGUUGACGUGAAAAACAUGGCGACGAAUCUGGAUGAAGAACAGAGCCUCCGCGAGUGUGAGGCCUACGUAGCCCGUCACAAUAUUCAGCAAAUUCUUAAAGACUGCAUUGUCCAGUUGUGUGUUGUUCGGCCUGACAAUCCUACAUCAUUUCUACGUGAAUAUUUCCAGAAACUUGAACGGGAGGCAGCUAAAGAUGCCAAACAGAAGGCCGCCCUUUCGCCCGAAGACAGUGAAGAAUCACCUAAUGCUGCUCAGAGCGGGAUUAUGGGAGUGCGGCCGAGACGAGGGGGCAUUUCAAGCGAAACGGUGACAGAAGAAGACGCGACUAACUUUAUAAAGAAAGUCGUACCCAAGGAUUUUAAAACGAUGGAUGCGCUUGCCAAAGCCAUCGCUAAGAACGUGCUCUUUUCGCAUUUGGAUGAGAACGAGCGACCCGAUAUCCUUGACGCCAUGUUCCCGGUCAGCGCUCACAGUGGAGAGGUCAUCAUCCAACAAGGAGACGAAGGCGACAAUUUUUAUGUCAUCGAUCAAGGCGAAGUCGAGGUUUUUGUAGACGGUAAUAUGGUCACCGUGAUCGGAGAAGGGGGCAGCUUUGGCGAGCUGGCCUUAAUUUAUGGCACGCCAAGAGCAGCUACAGUCAAAGCCAAAACGGACGUUAAACUGUGGGGUCUCGAUCGCGAUUCGUACCGACGUAUCCUUAUGGGAUCUACCAUCCGAAAACGCAAGAUGUACGAAGAAUUCCUUUCCAAAGUCUCCAUUUUGGAAUCUCUGGAGAAAUGGGAACGGUACACGGUAGCAGACGCAUUGGAACCCUGCGGUUUCGAAGAUGGCGAAACGAUCGUCAGGCAAGGCGAGCCUGGGGACGAUUUUUACAUUAUUGUCGAAGGACGGGCCGUCGUGAUGCAGCAACGAAGUGGCGGUGGAUCGGUUGAUGCCGAACCGCCCGUCGAAGUGGGUCAUUUAGGCCCCUCCGAUUACUUUGGCGAAAUUGCCCUACUGCUUGAUCGGCCGCGAGCUGCCACCGUUAUCGCCAAAGGACCGCUCAAAUGUGUCAAACUAGACCGGGCAAGAUUUGAGCGCGUGCUGGGCCUUUGCGCAGACAUUCUCAAGCGCAACAUUCAACUUUACCACAGCUUCGUCUCUUUGUCUGUUUAAAAAGAAGCGUGACACAGAGAGUAAUGUUUACAACAUAAAGAAAAGAAAGGAGGAGGAGGAAGACACGUUUGUUGUUGUUGUUGUAUUCUGAUAGCAGCACACACAUACCCCACUCCCGAGAAAAGUGUGCCAGAUGAGUGUGGCAUGAGAAUGAUGUGUGUGGCAAAAGGUUUCAGAAAAAAAGAAACAGCGAAUAGCUUUACAAGAAAAAAAAAAAAAAAAGGAAAGAUUCGUAUUUUUUCCCCAUUUCUCCUAAAAAUUGAUUAAUAUAAAACACGCGUUUAAACAACAAAAAAAUAAUUAAUUGCAGCUUCUAACCAAAUAGUUGCCGUUUUGUUCUUGAAAGGGGCGGGAACGCUUCAGUAUUUGCAAAAGAAAAGAUAUUUAAAAAAAUAGAAGUAGGUUUUUCCCCUUAUUUUUCUUCUUUUAGAAUCAAAUGAAUACCACAUUUAACACCUAAUUUCACGAUUCGCUAAUGAUUUUCCAGCUCUUAAAGUUAAUCGGCCGCUGUUUCUUUUGUUAAUCCUCCUCUUACGAUUUUUUUUUUGGUUUUUUUUUUUAUUAGAAGUUAAAUUUGGAAUAAGAAGAACCUAAUUUUGGAUUGUGAAAAAUUUUUAAGGGAAAAUUUGGCAUUUAAAUUUUUUUGUCCCAUAUUUUCCAAGGGAACAGCUACAAAAUGGUUGGCGAAUAGAGAUUCUUUUUCUGAUGUCUUUAUAUUGAAAAAAAAAUGGCAUUCUAUUUGGCCCAGGUGGUCAGUUUGGCAUCCAUAAAAUCAGCAGUUAAGCAACACCACGGACAACCAAGUUUUUUUUUUCUUCUUUUUUUUUCUUCUUUUUUUUCAUUCUUUGAUUUUCUUUCUUUUCUUUUUCUUUCUUUUUCGAGGAAGUUUCUGCUGGUCGGAAAUCACUUAAAAAAGAAAGAAAGAAAGGAAAGUGGGAGGCGCUUGUUUGUCUGUGAGUUGUGGUAUCCUUUUAGUUUUCUUAUUCGGCGUUCCGUGACAUUGAAAUAUUCAUAAAAACAUUUUUUUUUUUUUUUUCGGUUAAAAAACUUAAAUCAUUUCGUGAGGGCAAACAUAAAUGGGCGGGGGGUUUAGAUGUCAAAAGUGUUUUGACGCAAUUGCGUCAUUCGAUUGAAUUAUCGAGAAAAAAAAAUUACAUGGAGAGGAGAAAUUAACUGAAAGUAACUUUAUGCCAAUCGAGGAAUGAUUAUUGAAAGUUGUUACCUAUGCAGUUGGGAAGCCGCCGUCUUUUGUUCUUGGCUAUCCGUUCGAACUCUCAUUACUGCAACUAUGCCAUCUGAAAAAAAAAUGUUUUCUUUUUUCCUCUAAAAUUACAAGUUAAACAUAUACACACACAUACAUUUUUAUCCGAAGCUCGAUCCCGCCCCCACCGCUCUUUCGUGUCAUACAGAAAUGUAUAUUCAUUCUUUGCUUUUCCUUUGUUCAUGGCCUCCCAGUGCACACCAAACGCUAUUCACAUCACGAACGAUGCUCCCUCCUCUGGUUCUCUUUCCGUUCUUUUUUUUUUUUUUUGUUGGUUUUUUACACAACAUUUAUUUACUAUCCUCUCGUUUCCUUUUUUUUUCACUUCUCUCUAUUUCUCUCUCGCAGAUUAUAUAUAACUGUAAUGUGUACGAUUAAUUCUUUUUUUUUUUUUUCUGUCCAAGUUUUUUGUGUAUUUGUGUCAUCGUUCAAUUUCGGUUCAAAUUCAAAACAUCCGAAAUCUUUUGUGUUCGUCUUUCUUCGUACGUGUUGGAACAAACUCUCUUCCUCUUUUUAUGCCCUUCGAAAAAACUAACAGAAUUUUCUUGAAUAUUCUUUUUCUGCCUUUCGAAUUUUUUUGAAUUUCAUUUGUGCAAUUUUUCAUUUAAUUAUUAUUAACUAAAGCUAUUAAUAAGAUUUAAACGAGAUAAAACUUUAAAGAUAAGUAAAAACCUAAACGAAUUUAAACCAUAAAAAAAUAUAAAUUUAAUUUACGUUUCGUCUGUUUGAAUGGACUGAUGUAACGUGACCUGUGUAAAUGCAUCCUCCCUACCUUCUAGUACCCAGUUUUGCGUAGCUGUCAUCCUUUCUUUUUGGAUUGGCUUUUUGUUAUUAAUACCUUCUUUCUAUCCCUCUUGUCUUAGAAAAACCCUUUAACAAAAAUACCUGGUUAGGAAUUUUUACCUUUUCGUAGGAAGAAUGAGGAAUUCAAAUCCCCUUCUUGUCCCUUUGGGGAAAAAACGUUGUGUCUGUGAAACAUUAAAAAAAGGAAUAACUAAAAAUGAAAUACAUCGCGGUUGUAUGUAAUA